GCGGGGGUGCGCAGCCCCCACCCUGCUACAUGGCCCUGGCUGCUGUCCGAUAACACACAGGAGGAAAACAACAACAAGGCUGCAGCCUGAGACCUGUUCCACCGUGUUUUUAUCCACACAGGGGAUUAUUACUUCUCACCGAUCCUGUCUGCCUGCGUUUUUCGGAUCAACCGCGUCAAUGUGGCGAUAAAAUGGUUGAUGGUUGCCCUUUUACGCACACCUAUUUUUGAAUCUACCUGUGACCAAUCAGCUCUCUGGAUAUUCAGCCACAGGCCAUUGUUGGUCAGUAAAACAGGCUGCGAUGCUCUCAACGAGGGAGAAGGAGCUGAUUGCACAAAUAUGGGAAAGGCUGACUCCUGUGGCAGAAGACAUUGGCUCAGACGCGCUUCUUAGGAUGUUCGCCUCUUACCCAGGCACCAAGACGUACUUCUCCCACCUCGACAUCAGCACCCGCUCCGCUCACCUGCUCUCCCACGGGAAGAAGAUCGUCCUGGCCAUCGCAGAGGGAGCCAGAGACAUCAGCCAGCUGACCGUCACUCUGGCUCCUCUGCAAACGCUGCACGCCUACCAGCUCCGGAUAGACCCGACCAACUUCAAGCUCUUCUCACACUGUAUGCUCGUCACCCUGGCCUGUCACAUGGGCGACGACUUCACGCCAGUCGCACACGCGGCGAUCGACAAGUACCUGUCAGCGUUCGCAGCCGUGCUCGCCGAGAAAUACAGAUGAGACCCAGCCACGUGUUUCUAAGAAGUUUAUGAGACAUUUGUGAUGCUAUACAGGAUAAGAAACAUGUAUGUAAGUUUAGUUGUUGUUAUGUAAUGUUGUGUAAUAAUAAAAAUGUCCACUUAACAUGCAAAAAUGUAUGUUGUAUAACAAUAGAAACUCUUAAUUAUGCAUUAAAAGAAUUUCCUCAUGCAGGCACUGACGUAAAAUGAAGACUGUGUCAUUUAGUGCAGUGUAUGGCCGAGUCUCAGAUGUUACAUGUUUAUUUAAGUAUGUUUCUACAUGUAAAAACAUGUGUUCAGUGUGUGAGGAACAUACAUGACUGUGUUACGUGUGACGUGUGGUGGAAAAAUGAAUACAACCCUCAUGAUUCCUGACUUUUCUAAUCUAUGGAAGUCAGAGGCCUAAGUGAACAAUGAACCUUAUACUCAUAAGAGAGGGAGAUCAAGCAUAUUUACGGGUCCCAGUGGUUGGAUCCAUUCAAAUUCCCCUUUCCUUUCACUUCAAUGAGACUUUGACGGACAACAAGGUGAAUAUAUAAAUUCACAAUCUCUUACUCCAAAGCCCCAAAUCCUGUUUUCUUCUUCCGUAUCAGAAACAAAUGAAGGACUCACAGUUGAAUGUUACAGUGGUGAACAGGGAGUUGCUGAAGUAACAUCUUGGGACUGUCUUUGCUGUUGAAAUAAAAAUGAUAUGAAUUCUUCA